AUGUCUGUAUGUUCUCUAUUUUCAGGAAGUGAAACGCAGUCACCAGACUCUGAUGCCUGGCGGUCACGUAAUGUGGCAGAAGGAUGUCGGAACGGUGAGGCAGGCGGUUCCUCUCUCGCAGCCAAAGGUUUCCGCAGCGUCCGACCAAACCUGCAGGAUAAGAAGUCUCCCAUCCUGGUCCCGCUCCCGCCCCCUCGGAGAGAGAGUUAUCACAUGACCCCUAAUCCUCCUCCUUACAGUUCCCUCCCAGCACUGUCCGACCCACACCUCUGUCUGUCACAGGGCGAUGACCUAAUCCCUUUUGGCUCCUUCGCCAUCAAAUCCGACUGCUCUUCCUCCUCCUACUCGUACUCCAAGACCACCCAGACCACCUCCUCCUUCACAGACCCCUCCCCUGAGCUGAAUGCUAAUGCUAACAGCUUUAUAACCCAGUUGCUGGAGCGCAAGGUCUCCUCUCUUAAGUUAGCUUCCGACGGUAUCACAUCCGGCCCACCACACGCCGAGCCACAGGCUAACGCUAACAGCUCUAAUGCUAACGUAACUGACACAUGCACAGCCAAGGCUGCUGAGGCUAACGCUAACCCCGCCAAGAUUGUGAAUCCCCACCCCCAGCCUAAGAAGGCUGGAAUCAAGGAACGCACAUCCACGGCUCCCCCCACGCCCCCGCCACGUGGAGACUCUGCCCCUGUCACCCCCAUGCACACAGCCUCUCUCUCCAUCCAGCUAGCCCCGAAAGGACCAGGAAGCUUGGGAAGCAGAUCCGGAGCCCAGAGCCCUGCCGACCCACUGUCCAAACGCCCAGGGCCUGCUGAAACAGCCGGAAAUGUGGCGGCUUGGCUGUGCCGGCACACUAACCGUUUCUUUCCCUCCCCUUCGUCCCUCCUUCCCACCCUGUGGCAGCGUGACGUCUCGCCGCCAAGAGGGGGCGCCAUUCCAGUUUACAGGCCGCCCUCGCCGCCCUACGGCCGUGCCAGUCGGGACUCGCCCGACUUCCUGUCGGGCUUCCUGCCCAAAGCGCUCUCCCUGCUGCCCUACGCCUUUCCAGAACAUUCUGGGCCGACGUCCUCCCCUGUAGCGUCGCCGGCAUCCGUGUCGGCGCUGAGUCACUGCUCGUCAUCGACGGCCGUCCUCGAGGAGCUGCAGAUCUGCGGCGUGGACUCCCCAAUGGCCACGCCCACCCCCUCCCCCACGCUCAGCCACGCCUCUGUCAGCCCAGACGACACCCAAGCCCCCACUACCCCAGCAGUGGCCGCAGGCACUAACGCGGCCGUGAAUGGAAGCACCCGUCCCCAGAGGCCCCUCUCGCCUGCUCCACGACCCCCUCCUCCGCCGAUCCUUAGCCCAGGGCUGGCGCAGGUGCACCUGACUAGACGCUCAGAAGGCUCAGAGAACAUGCAGAGAGAGUCAGUGAUGGCCGGUCAGACAGUGGUCAGCAGUGCCACACCCAUCGCCCGUUUCUCAGAAGAAGAGAAGAAGGUGUCCAUGAUCAAAGCUCCACACUACGAGGGCAUCGGCCCCGUCGACGAGUCGGGCAUCCCCAUUGCCAUCCGCACGACUGUAGACAGGCCUAAGGACUGGUACAAAACCAUGUUUAAGCAGAUCCAUAUGGUUCAUAAAGCAGAUGACGACUACGCAGACACAUACAGCGCCACCUACGCGGUCGUAAAUAACGAGCACUACGACGCCGUCCACGCCCACCCUCCGCCGCGGACGCACACCUACCGGCCCCUGUCCCGCGACGUGACCGAACCCAGCCACGGGCCGCCUCGCCGGGAGCUGAGCCCCGCCGCCGCCCCGCCCCCGCCCCCGCCCAUGCCGUCGCUGCUGCAGCUGCGCUCGCGAGACCUGGACCGAGAGCGAGAGCAGGCGCACGACCCAAAUGAGUGGAGUCCUCCGGACCGGAAAGUGGACACGCGCAAAUAUCGCGCGGAGCCGCGCAGUAUCUUCGAGUACGAGCCCGGCAAGUCCUCCAUCCUUGAACAGGAGAGGCCGACCUCUGAGUUAACGGGAGAUGAGAUAGAUUUAGAAAACGAGCCAUGGUUUAGGUUCUUUUCCGAGCUGGAGUUUGGUCACCCGCCCCCUAAAAAGAGGCUGGAUUACACUCCUGACAUCUCCGCACGCAGCCAUGCUCAGACGUCCCUCUACCUCCCGCCCUCCGAGAACCCAGGGGGAGCCUCGAGUCUUGCCAGCGACUACAGGAAGAGACGAAGGUCAGAGCCAUCUAUCAAUCAGCAGGGCUCAGCCAAUGAGCAGGAUGCUGGUCAGGUCCCGGCACACCCCCCCAACCCUGUCAGAGGCAGCACUCUGAAAAAACCCGCCACGCGUUCCUCCCCUUCCUCCCCAUCCAGAGCAAAAGCCGGGGGCGCUAGCAAGUCUCUGUCCCCGUCCCGGAGCUCCCCAGGUAUGGACCCCACGUCGUCCUCUCUCUUCUCUGACGACUCCCUCACCCUCUCCGCCUCCACCCUGUGUGGCUCCGCCCGCGGCAAGAACACCGAGACGUGGGGCAGCGCGGAGGACAGUGAGAGAGAGGGGCACGGGCCGGCGGCCCCCCCACCGCGCCUCAAGUCGCGCAGCUGCGACGACCUGCUCUCGGAUGGGGACGCGCGGCCUCCGCAGGUGAAGAGCCUGGACUCGUCCCCCAGGGGGCGCCGGCGUCGACGCCUGGCCCACGACACCCCGGGCUUCCUGCAGCUGUACAAGAAGAUGCACCACAUCGACCGGGCACAGCUGCUCCCGUCCGAGGUGAUCCGCUCCGUGCGCUCCCGCAUCCUGGAGCUGGAGCGGCAGCUGCAGCGGGGGAAGACGCUCCACGCCUGGACGCCGGCGGGCCAGGAGGUGCCGCGGCACACGGUGCCCGAGCGGAUCUCCGCCUACGAGCAGCUGAUCCAGAAGUCCAAGUCCAUGCCAGACUUGGGCGAAGACGACGCCCCGUCGGGCUCGGCCACGCCAGGCUCCUCCCGGGCGAGCAGCUGCCCCAAGCGCCGCUUCUCGGUGGAGUCUCUGCUGGAGGAGGAGGACCCGCCCGAGAGGGCGAGGAGCCCGCCGGAGCGCCGGGAAGGGCGGGCAGGGCCGGACUACUCGGAUAGCGAGCCGGACGCCUGCGCCUCGGAGCUCAGCGACUUCGUCCCCAUGGAGGCGUCGUCCUUCUGCAGCGAGAGCGACGUGGACCGCUGCUCGCUGGCCUCGUCCGACAGCUUCUGCAGCUCUGCCCACCUCCACCACCACCACCACCACGGGCACCGUCACCGCGGUGGCAGCGGCUACUGUCACCAGCACCUCCACCAGAGUCUGGGCCAGAGCCAAGGGUACCAGCACCGGCACCUGAUCAGCUCCUGCAAGGGCCGCUGCCCUGCCUCCUACACCCGCUUUACCACCGUGCUGAAGCACGAGCGGGCGCAGCAGGAGGAGGGCCGCGGCGGGGCCGCACCCCCGCGCCGGCCCCCGCCUGGCGAUUCGGGCCUCGCCAAGCUGGCCUUCCUGGUAAGCCCCGUGCCUUUCCGCAGGAGGCGGGGCUCCCCUCCCGCCCCGCGCUGCCACGCCCGCCGCAGGCCGGACGCGUCCGUCUACGAGGCCCUGGACGCCGCCCUGCAGGACAUUUACGAGCACAUACGGGCGGAGAAGGGGCUGGGGCCGGCCCGCCUGCCGGACGACAGCAUCCUGCGCCGCCUCCUGGAGGAGCUGCUCCCGGACGUCCCCGAGAGGAGCUCCUCGUUGCGGGGUCGGAGGGCGGGCCGCACCACCACCUCCUCCUCCUCCUCCUCCUCGCACUCCCACCAGCCUCACCACGGUGCCUCCUGCCAGCAUCCGCACCGCGCGGACCCCGCCGACGACGACCGGCGCGCGAGCGCAGCCUACCGCUCAGAUCAGGGCUCUGAUGCUGGUUCCCACACUGCUCAGAACAGAAGACUUACUCCAGAUCGAGAGGUGUCCUCUAAGCAGAUGACAUAUCUCAUAUUAUCUUCUCUCCUCCAUCAGAGACAGACUGCCAGGGCCAUUUAUGAUUUUAAAGCUCAGACCAGCAAGGAGCUCUCAUUUAAAAAGGGGGAUGCCGUCAACAUCAUCAGACAGAUCGACAGCAACUGGUACGAAGGAGAGCACAGAGGACAAAUUGGAAUUUUCCCCAUCUCUUACGUAGAGAAGGUAGUAUCUCUGGAGCAGAAGCAGCCAGUCCGUCCUCCUCCCCCUGCUCAGGUCAGGGAGAUGGGGGAGGCUGUGGCUCGAUACAAUUUCAACGCAGACACCGGUGUAGAGCUGUCACUGAGGAAGGGAGAGAAGGUGAUCUUGCUGAGGAAGGUGGAUAUAAACUGGUUUGAGGGGAGGAUCCCUGGCUCCAAUAAGCAGGGGAUAUUCCCCGUGUCAUACGUUGAUGUCAUCAAAGGGUCUCCUUCCAAGAGCCCUGGUCGCCAUGGAGACAAGCAAAGGUACCGAGUGCAGCGUAGGAUGAUGCAGGAUUCCUCCCAUGGAUCUGGAGAGCCGUUCCAGGCCGUGUACGACUACCGGCCGCGCAACGAGGAUGAGUUGGAGCUUCGGGCCGGCGACAUGGUGGACGUGGUGGAGAAGUGUGACGACGGCUGGUUCGUAGGGACGUCUCGGAGGAGCAAGCAGUUUGGAACCUUCCCAGGAAACUACGUUAAGCCACUUUAACGACGAUCUCAGCACAACCAUGGCUACCCUGAAGCCUUUCCUUACAGGGCCAAUGUGGAACCUCAACCGUGUGUGUGCGCGUGCGUGCGUGAAUUUCUGUGUGCUUUCUUAUGCGUGUGUGCAUUUGUAUUCUCACGCAAAAACAUGUUUUAGCACUAGUCAUCUUUACACAGACUCCUCCAAUGAACUUGUUUUUUUAUUUGAUAAAACAGAAAUUUGGGUUCAUCUGAAGGUGCGGCUUCCUUCCUGCAGCAGAAAUUAACUUUGUGGUACACG